AUGGCGGAGGCGGCAGACUACGUGGUGCCGGCCAUCGCCAUCACGGCCGCCACGGCGCUCACCUUCAUUGCCGUCAGCUUCAACGAGCUGCGCGAGCGGCCUCUGCUCCUACUUGUGCUCACCUCUGCACUGGCCCCUCUGCACUGGCCCCUCUGCACUGGCCCCUCUGCACUGGCCCCUGCGCCACAACCCCUGUGCCCCAACCCCUGUGCCCCAACCCCUGUGCCCCAACCCCUGUGCUCCAACCCCUGUGCCCCAACCCCUUUGCCCUCCCAACGCCUAUGCCCCAACCCAACCCCUGCUGUCCCAAUCGCGGCAAAUCAGAAGUCGGCGGUGCAGCAGGAGUUGAAGCAGCAGGCGCGGCUGGUGGAGGAGCAGGAGGGCGUGGUGCUGCGCUCCAGCCUCUCCUCCAAGGAGAAGCGCCGCGCCAGGCAGGGCAAGAAGAAGGGCUCCUGA